AUGGAAACCCAGAGACCACCCUCCAAGAUUGCUCGCUUUGCACAACAUGGACCCAUGAAGAGAAAUGGGUCAAUUGGAGGAGAAGGGUCUCACCCAACUGGACUAGGACUGGGUCUUGAACUUGGUCAUGGACUCGGCUGUUAUGGGUUCACUGUUCUUCAGUUACAGGAGCUAGAGCACCAAGCUCUCAUCUUCAAGUACAUGGAAGCUGGCCUUCCGGUUCCUCAUCAUCUCAUAUUCCCAAUAUGGAAAAGUUUUGCCAGGUCUUUGAAUGCUCUCAAUAAAGAAGUGUACCAACAUUGCGCUAAUUUUCUGGGCUGCGGUACCGUGUAUAGUGACUACUACACAAACAGCAUGGACCCUGAACCAGGGAGGUGUAGGAGAACAGAUGGGAAGAAAUGGAGAUGCGGUAAUAGUGUUGUUCCUGAUCAAAAGUACUGCGAGAGGCACAUGCACAGAGGCCGUCAGCGUUCGGGAAAGCAGAGAGAAGAAGCUUCACAACUUUCUACUAGAACGAGUCAUGACACCACAGAGACAGGCCUCUCCAUUUCUCUCCCAACAGCUAAGUAAUAAUAACAGCAACAAGAACAACAUUUCUCCAUGGCUAGGCUUGUGUUCAUCGAGUGUUCUGCAACAAAUGAAAAUGCAUGAUCUUUGUAGCACUUCUUGUCCUAACAGACUAUUGCUUGUUGAAAGUAUGGACCCAUGGCUUAACCAUUGAUCACAUGUAGCUUUGGAAGGAGAUCUCAGAGACUGGCUUUUGAUGAUUUAUGCUAUUUAUUUGUUUCUUAUUUUAUGGUUAGUUUUGUUUUCUUGUUCUAGUCGAUUUGAAUUCAAUUCAAAUCUAAC